ACCGGAGCCAGACGCUGGGGAUGAAUGAAGGUGCUGCGAGCGGGUGGAAACAGUCUCCUCAGCUUUCCCGUCCCUGCAGUCCAGGCUCUGCCUUUGCGCGGUGUCCCCAUCCAGCCCCCGUCGCACCGCCGGCCUGACUGAUCCCGACGUGUGGGGUUUUUGGUGCCCAGGUCGACUCAAGGCAGAGCUAUAGGGCUGGGGAAGCCGGGUUCUCGCCUAGGCCCAACCUCGGACCGCGCUCUCGAUUUCUACCGCGCCCCGCCUGUAGGGCGCGGAAUCCGGGUGGGGUCCCGGGAGGCCGGAGGGUAGACCUGAAGGAUCAACAGUGAUCAUGACCGAGUGUACAAGCCUUCAGUUUGUCAGUCCUUUUGCUUUUGAGGCAAUGCAGAAGGUGGAUGUUGUUCGUUUGGCAUCUUUAAGUGAUCCAGAAUUGAGACUUCUCCUGCCCUGCUUGGUGCGGAUGGCACUCUGUGCACCUGCUGAUCAGAGCCAGAGCUGGGCUCAGGAUAAGAAACUUAUCCUUCGUCUUCUCUCUGGAGUGGAAGCUGUCAAUUCUAUUGUUGCAUUGCUGUCUGUGGACUUUCAUGCUUUAGAACAGGAUGCCAGCAAAGAGCAGCAGCUUAGGCAUAAACUUGGAGGAGGCAGUGGAGAGAGCAUCCUGGUCUCACAGCUUCAGCAUGGACUGACUUUAGAGUUUGAACACAGUGAUUCACCUCGUCGAUUGCGUCUUGUGCUUAGUGAACUGUUGGCAAUUAUGAACAAGGUAUCUGAGUCCAGUGGAGAAUUUUUUUUUAAAUCAUCUGAGCUAUUUGAGAGUCCAGUCUACUUGGAGGAAGCUGCAGAUGUACUUUGUAUUUUACAAGCAGAGCUCCCUUCCCUGCUUCCUAUAGUUGAUGUAGCUGAAGCCUUGCUCCAUGUUAGAAACGGCGCCUGGUUCUUGUGUCUGUUGGUGGCCAAUGUUCCUGAUAGUUUUAAUGAGGUUUGUAGGGGCCUGAUCAAAAAUGGAGAACGACAAGAUGAAGAGAGUCUUGGAGGAAGGCGGAGGACGGAUGCUUUACGCUUCUUGUGUAAAAUGAAUCCUUCUCAGGCCCUGAAGGUCCGAGGCAUGGUGGUGGAAGAAUGUCACUUACCAGGUCUUGGAGUGGCUUUGACAUUGGAUCAUACUAAAAAUGAAGCUAGUGAAGAUGGAGUGAGUGACUUGGUUUGUUUUGUUAGUGGUUUGCUUCUUGGAACAAAUGCAAAAGUCCGGACCUGGUUUGGAACUUUUAUCCGAAAUGGACAGCAGAGAAAAAGAGAGACCAGUAGUUCUGUCCUUUGGCAAAUGAGAAGGCAGCUUCUUCUGGAGUUGAUGGGCAUUCUUCCCACAGUAAGAAGUACCCGCAUUGUGGAAGAAGCUGAUGUGGAGAUGGAGCCCAAUGUGUCUGUGUAUUCGGGGCUGAAAGAAGAGCAUGUUGUGAAAGCCAGUGCACUCUUACGUCUGUACUGUGCUUUGAUGGGGAUCGCUGGACUCAAACCAACUGAGGAAGAAGCUGAGCAAUUACUGCAGUUGAUGACAAGCCGUCCUCCUGCGACACCAGCUGGGGUUCGCUUUGUUUCACUCUCCUUUUGUAUGCUGCUGGCCUUUUCUACACUUGUCAGUACUCCUGAACAGGAGCAGCUGAUGGUAGUUUGGCUAAGCUGGAUGAUCAAAGAAGAAGCUUACUUUGAAAGUACUUCAGGUGUCUCUGCUUCUUUUGGGGAGAUGUUAUUAUUGGUUGCUAUGUACUUUCAUAGCAACCAGCUCAGUGCUAUCAUUGAUUUGGUCUGUUCCACUUUGGGAAUGAAGAUUGUAAUUAAGCCAAGCUCCUUGAGCAGGAUGAAGACUGUCUUCACACAGGAAAUUUUUACUGAGCAGGUUGUCACAGCUCAUGCAGUUCGAGUCCCUGUCACCAGCAACCUGAGUGCCAACAUUACUGGAUUUUUGCCUAUUCAUUGCAUUUACCAGCUUCUGAGGAGUCGUUCCUUCACCAAACACAAAGUAUCAAUAAAAGACUGGAUUUAUAGACAGCUCUGUGAAACCUCCAUUCCACUCCAUCCUCAAUUACUUCCUCUGAUUGACGUGUACAUAAAUUCUAUACUUACUCCUGCAUCUAAAUCUAAUCCAGAAGCCACAAAUCAGCCAGUCACAGAACAGGAGAUACUCAGUAUUUUUCAAGGAGUCAUUGGGGGUGACAACAUCCGCCUUAAUCAGCGUUUCAGUAUCACAGCACAGCUCUUGGUGCUUUAUUAUAUUCUGUCUUAUGAAGAAGCUCUCCUAGCAAACACCAAGACUUUAGCUGCCAUGCAAAGAAAACCCAAAUCAUAUUCAUCUUCUUUAAUGGAUCAGAUUCCUAUCAAAUUCCUUAUUCGACAGGCUCAAGGACUUCAGCAGGAGUUGGGAGGGUUGCAUUCUGCUUUACUUCGUCUCCUUGCAACCAAUUACCCACAUUUAUGCAUCGUGGAUGAUUGGAUCUGUGAAGAGGAAAUCACAGGGACAGAUGCCCUGUUAAGGAGAAUGCUUCUGACUAAUAAUGCCAAAAACCACUCUCCUAAACAACUUCAAGAAGCGUUUUCAGCUGUCCCAGUAAGUCACACGCAAGUGAUGCAGAUUCUAGAACACUUGACUCUGCUUUCUGCCAGUGAGCUUAUACCAUAUGCAGAAGUAUUAACAUCCAACAUGCAUCAGCUGUUGAAUUCAGGGGUUCCACGGCGAAUUCUUCAAACAGUCAAUAAACUCUGGAUGGUUCUGAAUACUGUGAUGCCUAGGAGGCUGUGGGUAAUGACAGUUAACGCACUUCAACCAUCAAUAAAGUUUGUACGACAGCAAAAGUAUACUCAGAAUGACCUGAUGAUAGAUCCUCUCAUUGUGCUAAGAUGUGAUCAGAGGGUAUACAGAUGCCCCCCACUGAUGGAUAUUACUCUGCACAUGUUGAAUGGGUAUCUUCUGGCAUCCAAAGCCUACCUUAGUGCUCAUCUGAAGGAAACAGCAGAGCAAGAUAGGCCUUCUCAGAAUAAUACGAUAGGUUUAAUUGGACAAACUGAUGGCCCGGAAGUUACCAGAGAAGAACUGAAAAAUGCAUUACUGGCUGCUCAGGAUAGUGCAGCAGUUCAGAUUCUCUUGGAGAUCUGCUUACCUACUGAAGAGGAGAAGGCAAAGGGGGUCAAUCCAGACAGCUUGCUAAGGAAUGUUCAAAGUGUUAUUACCGCCAGCAUUCCAAAUAAGGGAGUGGAGGAAGGAGAAGACAAUUUGCUCUGUAACCUUCGAGAAGUUCAGUGCCUUAUCUGUUGCCUGUUGCACCAAAUGUACAUCGCAGAUCCCAACAUUGCUAAGCUUGUUCACUUUCAGGGUUACCCAUGUGAACUCUUGCCUCUGACGGUCGCUGGUAUUCCGUCUAUGCACAUCUGUCUGGAUUUCAUACCUGAGCUAAUUGCACAGCCAGAACUUGAAAAACAGAUAUUUGCUAUCCAGUUGCUUUCUCACUUGUGUAUCCAGUAUGCAUUACCAAAGUCACUGAGUGUGGCUCGCUUAGCUGUCAAUGUCAUGGGAACUUUGCUAACAGUUUUAACACAGGCUAAGCGAUAUGCUUUUUUCAUGCCAACUCUGCCAAGUUUGGUCUCUUUUUGUCGAGCGUUUCCUCCACUGUAUGAGGAUAUUAUGUCUUUGCUGAUCCAAAUAGGGCAAGUUUGUGCCUCUGAUGUUGCCACUCAGACAAGAGACAUUGAUCCAAUUAUUACACGUCUUCAGCAAAUAAAGGAGAAACCAGGUGGAUGGUCUGGACUCAGUAAAGAUCCGUCUCAUAAAAAUGGACCUAGGGACACUGGAAGCAUGGAUCCUGAUGUACAGCUCUGUCAUUGUAUUGAAAGCACAGUAAUCGAAAUAAUAAACAUGAGUGUUAGUGGAAUUUAACAAAGAACACACGUAAAACUAAAAAAUGAAGCUGUUUGCUGCAUAUACCCAACACGAACAUGCAUCUUAUAACAACUAAACUGAAUGGGAACAGAAACAUCUUGGAAUCACUAAAAUGAUUAAAUUCAACAUGAAUACACUUUAGAACUCUCUUGAGAAUUAUGCUUGCUUGUAUUUGAUUGGCAGUUCUUUGGAUCUACUUUGCUGGUAUGUUUUUUUGUAGCAACUGAGCUUUUCUUUUUCUGUUGGCAGCACAUUUAAGAAACUCAUUACUGAAAAAGUGAAUAUGGUCUUGUAUUAAGCUUUUGAAGUGAAGAAAAACUGCCAUGCCUUUAAUUUAAUAUCUUAUUAAUAAGUCUGUGGAUAGCCCCAGUGUUUAACCAUCAGCUAGUAACAGUACAGUGAUGCAGUGAUGAGAGAGAGAAAAAGGGAAGGGGGAAUUGAGGGAAAAUUAGGAGUUUUAAACAAUAGGAAUCUCUAAAACUUGCAAUGCAAAUAAUAGUAGUAAUGAAUGGAAUAGUAAUAGCAAGAUGGAAUUCCAGUUCUCAAGAAACAGUAUUGAGAAGGGCUUUAAAAAAGGCAAACAGCUUUUUGUAAAUGACUUCCAUGGACUUACAGAUAAGGAUUUAAAGAUUUUACAUAUUUGCUUCAAUUUUUACUAAUAUAUGAAGCCAUAUGUUUAAAGAGAUACUUGAAUAAUUUGGAAUUUUAAGAUACUGGCUUAGAAGAGUUUACAGAAACAUUUUUGUGCAGAGACUAACCUGAAAAGAGGUCUCAUUUAGUUUUUUUUUGAAGUUUAUUUUUAUAAUGGUCAGAGGGGGUAAAUCCAUUGGAAUCUCAUUGAAGUUUAGAGCAAUAAAACCCACUGGAUUGAAGAACUCUGUUUGUCAACAGGACUAUAAUUCACAUCAUAAUUUGAGAAGAUUUUGAACUAAUCUGUAGUGUUUGGACCUCAGGAAAAAUUAAAACGGGGAAAAUUCUGUGUUGUGGAAGGAUUUUGCAGUCCUCUGUUAGUAAUGUCCAUUGAUUAGGUAGAUGCAUUCAGUUAACCCAUAAUCCGCAUUUUUUUCCUUAAUGAAGUAUCCAGUGCAGAAGGUACUUCUCUUUGCUUUCUGAGAAAUAACCUGAAUGAACCCCUCUUUCCCACCCCACUUGAAACAGACCUCUUCACUUAAAAAAGAAAUAAGGAAGGCUAAUAAGAAAGUGUGGUUUUUAAGAAAAGAAAUUUAAUUUUAGCCUUUUCACUAGGAAAUAGUCACAUUUCAUUUUCCUUCUUUGUAAAAUGAAAUUACUACUGGCCCUACCUCAUAAGGGUAUUACAUAAGAACUAAUUUGUAUCUGUUUCAAAUCUCGUGCACGGUAUCAUAGAUGAGAAUAUUUAUAACUUUUAUUAGAUGCUUAAAGUUCAAUUAAAUAAUUUUGAUGCAAAAAACAAAAGCAUACACUUAAAAACAAAGAACUUGCAUAUUUUUAAACAAGGCAGUUUUAUAGUCUUUUAAGAUUCAAUACAACUGCUCCUGUUUGCUUCCUUUUGUUUAAACUGAGGUUUUGGAAUAUUUUGUGUGAGUAGGUAACCUCUAGGAGUCAGAAAAGAUUGCAAUGUUUUCUAACUAAAUACAGUGCACAUUCCUGGAUCAAUUUUCAAAGACUGGUCAAAACCUGCUGUGUUAAAAAUAAUAACAUAUGCUGUUUUUCAUCAGGUUUGUUGAUGAUGUAAAUAAAAUAUGUAAAUAUUAGUAAAUGUUAAUAUUCAUGUAUUUUAAGUUAAGGUUAUAAAAUUUGUCACAAUGUGAUUUUUUUUUAAAUUCAAGUGAAGAAAAGAUGUGUGCAGCUAUUUUGAAUAUUGGUUUAUAAACAUUCAUAUUCUUUAUCAAAUGAA